CAGUUCGCCUCGUCAUAUCUCGAGCGAUCUCGUCCUACGACGGUCACCGCUCUCGACGUCGUUGACUAACUGCUGCGCUCUCUGUUCUCACUCUCUUUCUCUCUCUCGCUCGUCCCAUCUCCACCUGUUUUUGUCCGACUUUCAUCUCGCCGCCGCGUGGGAAUAACGACACUACGACGACGACGAGGUGGUGCGUACUCGAGAGAGGCGCGAGGACAACCGACGACGGAGACACGUGAGACGGAGGAAGUCACGGAGGAGAAGCGCGGACAGUAGGACCCAGCGACUCGUGUAAGCUUUCUUCUUCUUCUUGUUCGUCGUCGUCGUCGUCAUCAUUCUCCGUACGGAUCGCCGGAGAUGCGCUGAGAAUCCGUCGCAGCCCGGAUCGUUCGAGUUUCCAAGCGGAUUCUCCGAGCUAGGAUUGUAGUGACUUUUUCUCGUGGGGUUUCUCGAGCAAAAACAUGGCGGGCAGCUACACGAAGAAGGAGUUCGGCAUGGGGCCCGAGGAACAGACCCUGCUGAAGGACUCCAACGGGACUCGCAUCGUGCCCGUGAAAGGUUGCGAACCCGUGCGUCUUUCACCGGGAUGGGAAGGCACUGGUAGACCAGACGACGAGUUGAACUUCAAAGGUGUCACGAUGGAUCAAGCGGAUCUCGAAUUGAAUCCUCCUAGAGAUAGAUUAAACUUAGUAUUUUGCAUAUUGGUACUUCACGGAAUCGGUGCCUUGAUGCCAUGGAAUAUGUUCAUAACGGCUAAAGAGUAUUUUGUCAGUUAUAAAUUGUCCAAGGAGUACACCGGCGUGGACACGAAUUACGCGACGAAUUUCCUCGCGUAUCUGGGAUUUGCUGCACAAGUGCCGAAUCUGCUGUUCAAUUGGCUGAACGUAUUUCUACAAUUUGGAGGUAACCUGACGACGCGCAUAGUAUGGAGUAUUUUCGUCCUGGUUCUGAUAUUUGUUUUCACCGUCGUGCUGGCGAUGACCGACAGUUCUGCCUGGCCCGGAGUGUUUUUCUGGAUUACCAUGAUAUCCGUUGUCAUAUUAAAUACUGCCAAUGGCAUUUAUCAGAACUCGGUUUUCGGAAUGGCGGCGAAAUUGCCGAGCAAAUACACAGGCGCUGUUGUCUUGGGCUCGAAUAUAAGCGGGACGUUCACAGCCAUAAUAAACUUCCUCGCGCAGAUAAUGGCGCCGAACGCACGCACCGCCGCCAUAUAUUACUUCAUCACCGCUUUAUUCGUUCUGCUGGCUUGUUUCGACACUUACUUUGCUCUUCCGAUAAACAGAUUUUACCGAUAUCACGAGAUGAUUCACCAAAAAGAGGCGAACAAGAGACAACUGGAGAACAGCAGCAGAGGCAUGCCUCAGAGUCCACCUUAUUGGAAGGUGUUCAAGGCGUGUUUCCCACAAUGCUUCAACACGUUCCUCAUCUUCUUCGUCACCCUAGCCCUCUUCCCCUCCGUUCAAUCUGACAUACAGUCCUUGGACGAGAACUUUGUGGUGCCAUCCAACUAUUACAGCAGCGUCAUGUGCUUCUUGACGUUCAACAUCACUGCCAUGCUCGGUAGUUCCGUCGCGUCGCUCGUUCAAUGGCCCAGCAAGAAGUACCUGAUAAUCCCCGUGACUAUGCGGUUCGCUUAUAUACCGUUGUUCUUGCUCUGCAACUAUCAGCCAGCUAACACGGAGAGAAUAUUACCGGUAUAUAUCCACAAUGAUUGGAUCUACUUGGCUAUCGCCGUUACUAUGGGUUUUAGCAGCGGUUACUUGUCGUCGUUGUCAAUGAUGUAUUGUCCCAGAAUGGUGGACUCGCAAUACGCAUCGACGGCGGGCAUGUUCGGCGCGGCGUCGCUCAUCACGGGUAUCUUCACGGGGAUUUUGUUUUCGAUGCUCAUGCCGAGCUUCGUGGCCAGCGUGACGUUUUGAUUGCUCUCGGUGUGGAGAGCACUUCGCUUGUAUUCAGUACUCAGGAGUUAGAGAACAGACCGGAGUGUGUGUGUUUCAGAGUUGAGAGAGUAUAUACAUAUAUACAUAUAUACAUAUAUACAUAUAUAUAUAUAUAUAUAUAUAUAUAUAUAUAUAUAUAUUCCGCGGUUACAAACUGAAGUAUAAGGCGCAGUGAGAAGGAAUGAAAUGUUUAUAUACUCCGAAGAGGAGGAACGAAACGUCACUUCCGGUGUUCCCGGGAAUGAGAAGAGAGGAAGAGGGAUAUACGACGUUUCUCGGAAACGCGAAAGUCGCUUGCGUUAACUUGAACGAAAGGGAAUCGCGUCGAGAGACUUGUUUGCUUAUACAUCCGUAUAUAUACGUAUGUAUUAGUGAUGUCCGAUUAAUCUAACAUCCGAAUAGCCGGUUUGACGAUUUAAAACACGGAUGUGUGAUUUUUUUUAACUCGAUUAAUCCAAAAACUCGUCUAAUCGAAUAACCAUUCGAAUCAAUCACUUAGUCCGGUUAAUCACAAUAUUCGAAAAAAUGUGAUAAAUCGGUUAACCGUUUGGUUUUUAAAUUGUGUAGAAGAAAAAAAUAAAUUACGUCAUCUGCGAGAUUCA